CAAGGAAACGAGAAAUUCUUGAGUAAGGUCAUCCGGCUCGCGAGUGCCUACGUGUUUUUGUUUACCAAAUCCGCUGAUUAAACACAAAACAAAAAUCAUCAUUCCAUAUUGAAAACCGCUCGUGGUUAUACUGCAUUUCCAGAAUGUCGAGUCCAGGAAGAGGUGAUUGCGAAUUGAAAGCUGGCCAUCCACCGGCAGUGAAAGCCGGCGGGAUGCGAAUCACCCAGCACAAGUCGCACAAGGAGCCAGCGGGAAUGAUGGAGGACACCACAGGAUUAAAAAUAUCUGGAAGUCCACCAAAGACCGUCAGCAUUUCGGGAGCCCCCGUCAAGGGCAACGCAGACUUCCCAGCUGAGGCUGUGCAAAGCUUCCACAAGGAAAAACCGCCAGUUUCAGUCUCCAUGAAGCCCCAGGUCCACAUUCAGCAACCCAGGAAGUAGAUCUUCAAUUUAAUAACAAAACACUGUUGACAUUUUUAUAUGUAUAUUUUGCAUUUACUUUAGCUUUCCCUAUAUACGUUUCUUUUCUUUUUUUUUGUAUUGAUUAAAUGGGCGUUAGGAUUUUCAGUUUCA